ACUCAACCUAAGCUCCUCCAGCCAAGAAACUGUAAAUAGUCGCAGUAUUGCGCCAGUUGCCCUUGGCUGGCAUUGGCAUUUUACAUAUUCCCGCACAUCCCCCCAGCAAAACUAACUCACCACCAUCUCUUGACCUCUCUCGAUCUCUCCGACCUUCUCUUCUCCUUCUCUUCUUUCACUAACUCAAGAUCUCUCACUAUAUCCAGCUUCCCUCACUCCGGCAGACUACGGCGACCACUCUAUCCGUCUCCUCCGUCAUUCGCGCCACUUGGAAACGACCCACCGUGCUUCCACACCGUCAUCGUCUCACUUUUUGGCCCUUAGACUGCGAACAAAGGCCACCCCUUGCAAAACAACCUCCAGAAAGAACAAGACCCUGAGAAGAGACGGAACCCUGCAUUUCUACGCCUAAACAAAAAAGACACCACAUUCGUUUAAAGCUCAGAGAUCACAAGAUAUGGUCACCAUGGCCAAAAACCGAGUGCUCUCGUUCAUGUCGAACUUCUCGAACCGCGACUCCCGCAGCUUGAAAACGCCCUCACCGCCUGGAGAUACCAUCCCCUUCCCGACCUUCCCGGAGAAGCCAGAGCAGCAGCAAGAUGUCUACCGCUCGAGCUCCCCGCAGCGCGGGCCCCAGCAACCCUCGAAUAUUAGGGGCUCACCCACACGGCGCGAGCAGGUGCAGCGGAAUCGCGCAAACUCGAGGCCUAUAUCUAUGGUGCAGACGUACCAGCCGCCGCUGAUGGAGUUGGGGCAGGAUACGCUACCUGAGCUGCAGCCGGUGUUCACGUACCUGAAUAGCCAUAGCAAUAAGCUGUACCAGGAGGGGUACUUCCUCAAGCUCGAUGAUCAGAAUUCGCAUGGGAAACCAAAUUUGGACAGGACGUGGACGGAAUGCUUCGCGCAGCUUGUUGGGACGAUCUUGUCGCUCUGGGAUGUGGUAGAGCUAGAUGCUGCUGGAUCAGAGGGCGAGGUUUUGCCAAAAUUCAUAAAUUUGACAGAUGCCUCUAUCAAAAUGAUCGAGUCGCUCCCCACGAGAUCGUAUGACGAUCAGCCCCUCCAGAAUGUGCUCAGCAUAUCGACAGCGGGUAAGAACAGGUACCUCCUGCAUUUCAACUCGCACCACUCCCUGGUGCAGUGGACCGCCGGUAUCCGCCUGGCCAUGUUCGAGUACGCGACUCUCCAGGAGGCGUACACCGGCGCGCUGAUCGCCGGCAAGGGCAAGUCCCUCAACAACAUCAACAUCAUCCUGGCGCGAUCGACGUUCAAGUACGAGGACUGGGUCCGCGUGCGCUUUGGCGCUGGUACGCCAUGGAGACAGUGCUGGUGCGUCAUCACGCCACCGGAUGAGAAGGAGGUGCACAAGCUGCAGAAGGACUUCAAUAAGAGGAGGUCGGCGUAUGACCGCAGCAGGCCGCCCGUGGUGAAGGGCGAUAUCAAGUUCUACGAUACGAAGAAGGUUACGAAGAAGUCUAGACCGAUCGCGUCUAUUAGUGAUGCGUUUUCGGCUUUUGCGAUUUACCCCCAGUCCAAGGCGCUCAUUGACCCGUCCACUCUGAUUAAGCUCGAGGGAAUUAUUACGAUUCACUCUGACCCGCCGACGUUUACGGAGGGCUUCGUCUUCAUUAUGCCAGAGGUACACGCUGCCGUUAGUGGUUUUGAGAUCAUGUUGCGCUGGCUCUUCCCCGUUUUCGACACCUUCGCGCUCUACGGAAGACCUGAACGGUUGGUCGCCGAUACGAACGACCCGCGGAGUCUGAUGUUCGCCAUGCCGAACGAGAGACGUUACGGGUACCUUGACGUUCUCGGUGUCGCCGCUCUGAUCUCGGCCGAGGGAAGCCAGACCUGGAGCGAGGGUGAGUGGAGGCGGAAACUGAAGGAUUCUACUGCGAAGCGCAUGUUUGCCAUCAGCCAGAACGGCGGCAGCAGGCGCGGCAGCAGGAGAAAUACGUUGAGGGAUGGCUUCAACGACAGGGCGUCCAUUCGCUCCAACCCAUCCAUUUCGUGGGGCCCGCCACCAGUCGACGUCCCAGCUCCACGUACAGAUUCUGCCCCACCUCUAGAAGGCCCAUACCCGCCAUAUCCGUCCGCCGCACAGGCACAACACCAUUCACGCUCGGUGUCCGAAGGCUUCCAGAACAACGGUUUCGCCGUCUACAAAGGAUCCGACGCCCCACCCGCGCUCCCACCACACAGGAACCACAUCGACUCCGACCUCCGCCACGAAUACAACGCGACCUCCCCGCCCCAACAGACCUACCCCGAGGACGACCACUCCCCCAGCGCCCCCGCGCAAGAGCUCCGCGACCUCCAGCUCGGCCCCGGCGGCGUCGAGCCCGUCUCGCGACCCCCGGCCUUCUCGCACGCGGCCGGCACGCUCCCGCCGUCCGCGAAACUGCAGAACUCGCCCGAGCUGCGCCGCGCCAAGAGCCGCAUGUCGAACGGCACGCUGUCGCAGUUUGCGGGCGCGGGCGGCGCCGCGGCCACGCAGGGCGUCGCGCAGUACUGUGCGGGCCUGAAGGAGAUGCGCGUCGCCGAUGAGACGAGGAGGGGAUUGCCAAGAGGAGUACAUGUCUUCGACGACCCUAACCCUGGGAUGAAUGCUAACAUGGCUUCCGGUGCUGAAGGAGUGAUAGUGGGAGGUAAUAGACUCUCUUUCGAACGGCACCCGGAGUCGCUGCAAAUGCGGGCUCCGGAGGAUGCGGGUGGAGCGCCGUUUUAUAACUCCGUCAACAACGCUCAGCAACCACGCACUGCCGUCCGGCCAACCGUCAUUGUGCCUGCGUAUCCGCCACCAUACGUCCAAGGACAUGCGCAGACCCCAUCUCUGGACACCGCCGGCUCGCAACCCCGCAGCGCAAACCGCAACAGUCUCCAGCGAAAGCCGCUCCCGGCCGGAACCCCAGUGGCACCCAUCGGGCCCCUAACUCAUGACCCUAUCUCCCCCGGCGCAGCAUCAACAAUCGGAAGUCUGCACAUGAACCAAGAGGCCUUCGAUAGCAUCCAGCCGCGCGAAAACCAACCAGAGGACCCUGUUGCGCGACAGACCACGAACCUAAGCCACGUGAGCGAUACGAGCAAUUACACCAACUCCCCCACAGAAGGGCCACCAGUCGACCAACCCGUCCCCGCCCGCACAGCCUACGAUCGGCCUCGCAGCGGGAUGAUGCGCACCGUCGGCGGCUACGGCGAUUCCACGCCCAACACCCCCUCCGACAUCCCAACUAUAGAUUUCGGACCGACCAUCAACUACGCCGCCACCACUAACCCCCUAUCCAAGCCCUCCGCAGACAACCCCCAAUAUCAACCACAAACCCCACAACCACCCACCCACCGCGCAUCAACGCACGCCAAACAACUAUCCCGCACACUCGCCUGGGCACCAGGCAUGGCAUUCCCCCUCCCCUCCUCCUCCGGCGGUCUCACCCCCGAAGAAUUCGUCGCCCAACGCGCCGCCGCCGCCGCAGUCGCACAAGGCCACGCGCGCCAAGCCUCCGCGAGCACCUUACGCGCUAAUACCCCCACCCCUCCUAUCGGGGCAGGGGGUAGACCCGGGCACGUUAGGAAUAACUCCUCCUUCGACGCCUUGCAGCGCGAGAGCGCGAGACCUUCUAGUCGUGGUGCUGGUGCGGCGUUGGGGGGGUUGGUGGGGAUGAUUGAUGCGAGGGAGCGGGAGAGACGGGAUGUGGUUAGGGGGGUUAAUAGUCAGGGUGUGCUUCAUGCGAUGGGGCAGAGAGUCGUGCAUGGGCAGGGGCAGGCGCAGAGUCCGGGGGGGAGAGCGGUGAGUCCGGGGCCGGGGCCGGCGUAUGGACAGCCAGGGAGAGCGCGGAGUCCGGGGCCGAUGGGGGCGUAUGGACAGCAGAGACAUCGGUCGCAUAGUCCGGGGCCGAAGGUGGCUUAUGGGCAACCGCAGCAACGGGCACAAUCUCCGGGCCCGAUGGGCGCGUAUGGACAACCUCAGCAACGCAACCAGAGUCCAGGAGGAAUGGAGGUGUAUGACCAGCAAUCGGCCCCUGGGUCCCCGGCGACGUAUCAGCAGCAACAGUACUUCCAGCAGCAGAUGGGGCGGGGGAGGGGAGGGUUUAGGGGGUGA